GUGUCUUGUUACCAGAAAAAAUCUCCAAUCUUUUACAAUUUCAAUACAGUUAGUUUUAUUAGCAAAGAAGAGUGAGUUAACACGCAACAAGUACAACAAGUAAAGAACAAGAUCACUAGUAGUACCAAGUUGUUUCAAGUCUCAUGCAGAGAGAACAACAAGUACCAGGUUGUAGGACCCAGAUUCCAAUACCACAGAAAACAGACAAACAAUGAAUCAAUGAUGCAAUGCAACCAUCAGAAUCAGAAUCAGAAUCAACAAGUGGCAGCUAUAAUAGGGGAUUGAUUGGAUGAAAUUGAAAUGAGUAGUUCAUUUUAAGUUUAUGAAAUUUUUUCAUUUUGAAAAUUCUGAAUUUUGUGUUAUUUCAUAAAUUGAGUCAAGCUGGCGGUGAAGAACGCCGUCUCCGGCGAAGAGGAGCAGCUGAGUGUGCCGCUGCUAUGUGAGGUUGAGAAUGGUGGAGGAGGAGGAGAUGUUCAAAUCCCUGAAACUUCACAUCAGAUUAGCACAGAUUCAUGGUUUCAAGUGGGGUUUGUGCUCACCACUGGAAUCAACAGUGCUUAUGUGCUUGGAUAUUCAGGGACCAUCAUGGUUCCACUGGGUUGGAUAGGGGGUGUGGUGGGGUUAGUUUUUGCCACUGCAAUAUCCCUCUAUGCAAAUGCUCUUAUUGCUAUGCUUCAUGAAUAUGGAGGCACAAGGCAUAUUAGAUACAGAGAUCUUGCUGGUUAUAUAUAUGGUAGAAAAGCAUAUGCCCUCACAUGGACUCUGCAGUACGUCAAUCUUUUCAUGAUAAAUGCCGGAUACAUCAUUUUGGCUGGUUCUGCUUUGAAGGCUGUUUAUGUUCUAUUUAGGGAUGAUGAUCAGAUGAAGCUUCCAUAUUUUAUUGCCAUAGCUGGAUUUGUGUGUGCAAUGUUUGCCAUUUGUAUUCCCCACCUCUCAGCUCUUGGAAUUUGGCUAGGAUUUUCAACAGUUUUCAGCCUAGUGUAUAUUGUUAUAGCGCUUGUACUGUCACUUAAAGAUGGAAUAAAAUCACCAGCUAGAGAUUAUAGUAUUCCAGGGACAUCAACAAGUAAAAUAUUCACAUCAAUAGGAGCAUCUGCAAAUCUUGUUUUCGCAUAUAAUACAGGAAUGCUUCCUGAGAUACAGGCAACAAUCAGGCAGCCAGUUGUGAAGAACAUGAUGAAAGCUCUGUACUUUCAGUUUACCGUUGGAGUUCUGCCCUUAUAUCUGGUUACAUUUGCAGGGUACUGGGCUUAUGGAUCUUCAACAGAAACCUAUUUGAUGAAUAAUGUCAAUGGUCCAGUUUGGGUGAAGGCCAUGGCCAAUGUCACAGCCUUUCUUCAAUCAGUCAUUGCAUUGCAUAUAUUUGCAAGUCCAAUGUAUGAAUAUUUGGAUACAAAACAUGGCAUCAAGGGGAGUGCACUGGCUUUUAAGAACUUGUCAUUUAGAAUCUUGGUUAGAGGAGGCUACCUGACUUUGAAUACAUUUGUCUCAGCUCUAUUGCCAUUUCUUGGAGAUUUCAUGAGCCUCACAGGAGCCAUCAGCACAUUUCCCCUUACUUUUAUCCUUGCAAACCAUAUGUAUCUAGGGGCAAAUAUGAACAAAUUAACAUCUGUUCAAAAGCUCUGGCAUUGGAUCAACAUUUGGUUCUUUGGUAUCAUGUCUGUUGCAGCAACUAUUGCAUCGUUGCGCCUUAUUGCUUCAGACUCCAAAACUUACCACUUUUUUGCGGAUUUAUGAUUAAAUUCUUUACUCUUUCCGCAAUACUAGUGAUCAUUUUUUGUGCUUCAAAAUGACUUCCAUUAAAAAGUAAAAAAGUAGAAUUACUUAUGAUAUCAGAAUAAUUACCA